AUGAAGGAGAAGGCCGCAGUCGAUGCAAGGGAGAAACAAAGGCUGGAGCAGGAAGAUAGGUGCAGACUACAGGAGCAUGUUCGCAGUUUUAGAAACCAGCUUGCUUUGAGUAAAAAUGAGGCUUUGGCGAGAUGCAACUCAGAAAAACGACGAUUAAACAUCGAAAUUAAAAAAGAGACCAAUCAAAUUCAAGAAGAUGCACAGGAGGCUGAGGAACAAAGGCGACUAGCGCAAUCUCAAAUGAUCCAAGAUAUCCGUCUUCUUCGUGUUCGCAUCAAGGAGCGGAAGAAGGAACUGGCGAGGCAUAAGUGCGCCGCUUGGGUUGGUGGUGAGGGGGAACCAACCGGCUAUGAGGACAGCGGCAAUGAGAAAAGCAGGAUGAACGUCCAGGAAUCGCUCGCCGAGAGUCGUGCACGGGGUAGAGAGCUAGAGGAAGUUAACCGGCAGAAAAUAGCAGCAGCCCACGAGCGUAUGCGUGAGGAAAUACAAAAUAUGGAGCGAAUUAUCGAAGCGCAGCGCCAAAGGAGCAGUAAAGAACGGGAAUUAUUAUGUGAGUUGAAGGAGUGCAAAGAGGAAGCAGCGAGAAGUGUGAAGGAGGCUUUUCACGCCACGCGUGUGUUGGAAAUGUACGAUAAAUUGCACUCAAAGCGUCUGAAGCACUUACAGAGUUCCAGGGAAAUUAGAGAGGAAGAUCGCAAAUGUCGAAAUGAUAAAAUUUUGCGCAACGCCAGUAGUGGUGCAGUGGAAAGUGAACGCUGGAGGCAGCUUGAACAAGGACUACACAACCACAUUCUAUCUACACAAGCCCUCCAAAAGAGCUGUGCCGCCUCAUUAUAG